CGCUCCCGGGCCCCGCCCCGCCCGCGGAUUGGCGGGUCCGCACCCGCCCGGCCGCACGUGCGGGGUUCGGUACCGGAGCCGGAGCCGCCGCCCCGCGGAGCCGGGGAUGCGCUGCUGGCGGGGCCGAGUGCCGGGGGCCAGUGCUGAGGGGAAAGGCUGUUUCCUCACUGGAGCUGAACCACUGGAAGCAGAAUUCAGUUGUUGUUUGGAGAAGAAAACAUGAGAGAGACUGAAGUCACCCAGCUUCUGAUGUGAUUUCUGGGUUCUGGAUCGCUUUAGGAUAACUGCUGGGGUGAGAAGCAGACAGAAGCUACCUGUGCUCCUAAACCUGAUCCCCAAGCGGCUCUGCCUUUGCCUUUCAACAGAAAAGAACUGGAUAUUUUGAAGUAGAGGAUGAAAACCCCAGCAGCGCAGCCUUCUGAAACUUGGAGGGAAAAUGGCCUCAGGUGAGAACAAAGAAGAAAAUGCUGACGUGGGAUUAAACCAACUUCAAACGCCACCUGAGGCUUUCCUGCCUUUGCUACAUGUAAUAACUGGUUCUUCUCUCCAGCCUGCCUGCGGAGCUGCGGCUCCUCAUGGUCCAUGAAGGGGCUGAGUCUGUGUGGUCCCAAACCAGCCCCUUCCCACCCUGCAGCUGGAACUGCUCGCUGUGCCGCCUCUGCCCCGGAGAGCCCAUCGCAUCCUCCAGCUUCGCCACUUAAGGUGUUUGCAAUGGCAGCUGCAUCUGCACCAGCCUCCUGGCGAGCCGGGCAGCUGGAGCUGCGGCAUCGCUCGCUGUGCCCACCGGAGCCGUGGUCCCGGCAGCCCCGGGCUCAGUGAGGGCUGCGUGGACCCGCCAUGCCUCGCUUGCUGCUCCAGUCGCACAGCUCGCAGGCCGUGGGGCUUCUGGAGGAGCUGGACCAUUCCUCUUCCUUGGCCAAGCUCAUGUCAGUCUACCAAGCAACCAACAGGACCACCUUCAACUGGACAGACAGCCGCAUCGUUGAGUGGGAGAAGUUUGCUGAGCUGGCUAAAUAUGAGCCAGAAUCCCAGAAACCAACAGUGAAAGCCCUCCUAAUCGUGGCGUACUCGGUGAUCAUCAUCAUGUCUCUCUUUGGGAACACGCUGGUGUGCCACGUGGUGCUGAAGAACAAGAGGAUGCACUCGGCCACCAGCCUUUUCAUCGUCAACUUGGCCGUGUCUGACAUUAUGAUCACGCUGCUCAACACGCCUUUCACCCUGGUUCGGUUUGUGAACAGCACGUGGGUCUUUGGAAAGGCGAUGUGCCACAUCAGCCGCUUCGUGCAGUACUGCUCGCUGCACGUCUCCACGCUGACGCUGACGGCCAUCGCCCUGGACAGGCACCAGGUCAUCCUGAACCCGCUGAAGCAGAGGAUGUCGCUGACGAAGGGAGCGCUGAGCAUCGCUGUGAUGUGGCUGCUGGCAGCCUGCUUCUCCCUGCCCCACGCCAUCUACCAGAAGCUGUUCCAGUAUCACUACAGGGAAGCCACUGUCCGGAGUUUGUGCCUCCCCGAUUUUCCUGAGCCCACAGAGCUGGUCUGGAAGUACCUGGACCUGUCAACCUUUCUCCUCCUCUACCUCCUGCCUCUGCUGAUCAUCACUGUCACCUACACGCGCCUGGCCAAGAAGUUGUGGCUCCGCAACGCCAUCGGAGAUGUCACCACGCAGCAGUACAUCACCCACCACAGGAACAAGAAGAAGAGCAUCAAGAUGCUGAUGCUGGUGGUGGUGGUCUUUGCCGUCUGCUGGUUCCCUCUCAACUGCUACGUGGUGCUCAUCUCCAGCCUCGGCAUCAAGACCAAGAACGCCCUCUAUUUUGCCCUGCACUGGUUCGCCAUGAGCAGCACCUGCUACAACCCGUUCAUCUACUGCUGGCUGAACGAGAGCUUCAGGGCGGAGCUCAAGUCGCUGCUGUGCAUGUGCCAGAAGGUGCCCCGGGCGGAGGACAAGGCGCUGCCGCCCGCGGGGCCGUCGUGCCGGCAGGCCUGGCUGCAGCAGCCGGGGGGCCCGCAGGGGCCUGUCCCCGAGCGCCUGUGCCCCCCCGGGACCACCCGCACGGCCAACACCGACCUGUGAGCCGGGGGCCUCAGGUGAGUUCGCUGCAUUCACUGGACAGCAAAGGGCGUCCCCUGCUCCUCCUGCGGAAUCGCUGCUGCGGCUCUGGGGUCUCGCUGCUGCCUUGUCCCACAGCAGCAUCCCCCGCGCUGGGUGGGGGCAGCAGAGCCCCCAGCCCUCCCUGUGAGCCCACGGCUGCUCAAGAGCGGGGACGCGCAGGGGACGUGGGUGGCUGCAGACCUGGGGAUCUGCUGUCGGGGCUUCCCACCCGAUGACGAGCGGAGGGACAGGGACCCAGGUUUCUGCCAUUGCUCGUGCUGUCCCCAGUCACGGGCCCCUCCCGGAGCUCGUAACGUGCCACAACGCGGGGCUCUGCAGAGCUGCAGGACCCGCUCCCACCUGUCUGGACAUCCAGGGUGACUCCAGCCAUACAGGCUUUCACCAGAUAAGUUACGCCAAAGCCUCCCCCGGCAACGAGGGUCAGCCCAUAGCAAUUUCCCCCUCGCUCCAUCUGUCCCAGCUCGUCCCCACGCCGCUCCAGAGGAGGGGGCGCUCACCGGGCAUCGGCACAGCAGCCUCAGGUGGCUCUUGGGUGGAUAAAUCCAGUCCAUUGAGAAUUUCUUUUUGUUUCUGUGAUAAAUAGAUUUGUUCAGGAAAUAAACCUACCCUGGCACUAAACAAAAGGCUGCAAAAAUUGUCAUCAGAGCUGUAGCAUUCACUAACGGAAGAAUGAAAUCAUCCUCCAAAUUACUAUUUGCUGUAAAAGAGUUUCAUUUAAACAACAGAAUUGACUCAGACUGAGAAGGUUUUCUUUACAGUCCUGGGAAAAAGAAUGUAAUGCAGCUGCGCUGGGGAGGCAGGUCAAAAAGAGCCACAGAGCGAAGGGAAGAUGUAGUGCCUGAGAGAGGAAAAGAAAGAAAAAGACAGGGAAAAGAGGCAAUAGACGCAGAAGAACCCAGAAGUGCUGCAGCGGCCGGGCACUGGGGAGCAGGACCUGGCCUGGCCACGAUGUCCCUUCUCCAUCACACCACCCCCUUGAGAACCGCACCGAGACCACGGGGGCCAGACUUCUCCCCAGCGUCCCUGGUGAGCUUGAGCAGCACAGAGACAAAAGAGGGAAAAAUUAUUGUUACUCACCUGUCCGUCCAGACGGUGGGUUCAAUAGUCAUAAGUCCUUUGUGGGAAUAAAGCGCUGUGUGUUCUGAGCUCCAACAGGCCCUGGUUAAUCCUUCGGACCUCGGUGCUGGUGACGGGUACGUGCUCAGUGGUGACACCGGGGCUGCAGCUGGGGUGGCCACACACUGGUCCUCAGGCCUGAAAUUCCUAGGGACAUGCUGUACUCCCAGCAAGAAAACCCCAAACAGACUGCUUUGGAUCGGGAGAGUGCAGCGUUGGUGCAGCCUCACCUGGAGCACUGUGCCGUUCUGGGCCCGCGAUCUCAGAAGGGGUGAAGGUCCCGGAAUGUGUCCCCAAGAGAGCAAAGAAGCUGGUGAGGGGCUGGAAGGAACGUCCUGUGAGGGGCGGCUGAGGGCGCUGGGCUUGGUCUAGUUGGUGACCCCCAGGUGACGGUUUUCAGCAGUUUUGGGGUCGGGGAUGCUCCUGCUCUGCCCUGGGACUGAGCUGCUGCCUUGGGAGGAAACAGGGGGACCUGGGUGGCUGGUGGGGACCAUGAUGUGCUCCCACCACCUUCCAGGGGAGGGUCGGUCAGACAAAGAAGGGAAUCUAAGCAUUGACUGUUUUUUCCCCGUUUGCACAGUGAGAAGGAACUGGAGAGAAGGGGGGUGGUCCCUUCCAGGUGACCCCACUUGGCCACGUCCCUGCACCCUGGGGAUUCACCACAGCACCUGCACAAGGAGAGCAGAGCAGAGCAGAGCAGCGGAUCCUGAGUGCAGCAGAAUCCAUGGAGACAGGAGCCCCAAGGCACUUCCCUUGGAAAUGGCCAGUUCCCUGGACACGUGAACCAAAGGCAGCCUGGGCACAGGCACUGCCCUCUCUGGAGACUGCAGUGUCCCUUUGCACUCAAAACACAUCCUUCUGAGCUUUUCAAAGUGUUAAAAGCAUCUCUAAUUAAUGAGCAUCACCUCAUUUACUUAUUACAGAGAAGCUGUUAUUUGCCUUUUUACUGUUCUUCACUCCUCAUCAACUUAGAGUGCAAGGCCCUCAGACUACCAUGUAUUCCAUUAAAAUAUUAAUUCAAUUAAAA